AUAGCACUGAGUAAAAAUGUUUCAGUUUAGGAGCGAAGAAAAGAUAAAAAGGCAUGUAAAGGUCUCAUCUACGGUGAAAAGGGAAACUGGAUCGAUCAAGAAUAGAAGAACGGAGCUUUGGCAUUUUCUUCUCGAGUGUCUGUCAGAUCCUAAUAGCACUGUCAUAUCGUGGGAGGGCAGCUAUGGAGAGUUUCGAAUCCUCGAUCCCGAGGCCCUAGCUAAAAUGUGGGGUGCAAAAAGCGGUAGACCUAAGAUGACCUAUCAAAYCAUGAGCAGAGCGCUAAGGCACUACUACACCAAAGGAAUCUUGUCUAAAGUCAAGGAUAAAAAAUGGUGCUAUUGCUUCAGCCCUGAAGCCCUCAAUCUGGUUGUGGGAGACAAUAUCAUGGAAACAGUGCCUAACACUAUUCCUAUGACUCAGUACAGCCAUCCAAGAGCAGAUCUCUACCAGGCGCUGCCGUAUGGAUUUAGUGAUGCCUAUAUCACAGGUCAUUUCACAAAUUCACGGUCUCUUGAUAUGAUACCCUAUCAGUGUCAGCACGAUUUUCUAUAUUUUAUGGAUAAUCUUAACGCCAUGCCUUUCUCAAGCUCUAGUAUCAGUGGCUUUUCGUCCAACUUACGUGGAUAUUAGUUACUUUACGAUAUGUAAGGAUAUACCAUCAGUAUAGUUUGAAAACGAAAUACUCUAAAUCAAUUAUGUAAAUAGUUUUUCUUAGUUUACUUUGAAGUAUUCGUAAUCAUAUGCAUUGAAAUCAGAAAACGACAACGUAGACUUGAUUAGAGUAAGGUUCAAUUCCUAUAUACAACAAAGGGAUGUCGAACCGUAUUUUAGUUAAUGUAUUAAAGUAUUUACCACGCGUUUCUUUAUUUUGCAGUAUAUCCGAAAAUUAGCUUGUAAUUCAGAAGAGA